AUGAUCGCUGAGAGCUAUCGGGAUGAUUUCCGGUUCAAGGCGAUCACCAAUGCCGAGGGCGAGUUUGGCGUUGUGGCGUUUGAUCAUACCUUAAACCCUGACGCUGACUCCACUGCCGCCGUGCGGCUAUUAGCCAUCACUCGAGAUGGCAAAACCAUGGCAGCCUCCGAUGGUGCUGUCAUUAAAAUUGGACCCAGUGACCAAGUUCCAAGUCUGUGGAAGUCGUAUACCAUUCCAAAGGUGAAAAAGAUUACCCAAUUGGCUUUCACGCCCAACGGCGAUGAGCUUUACAUCCUCCAUAAUGAAACCUUGAGUAAGGUCAAGUUGAGUGAGUUAGCUUCCGAACCAACAGCUGUCAAGGUGGCCAAUGCAACGGACUUCCAAGUUGCUCCAAACGGCGAUGUUGGUUACCUUGAUAGUGGUAGCGCCUAUCUCAAACGAGGAAACGAACCCCCUAAAGAAAUUGCCGAAGACGUGUUUUGCGUAUGCUUUGAUCAGGAAAGCAAGUUUUGUUAUAUUUCCAUGGCGAAUGCCACUGCGGUUAUGUCUACUGAUGGUAAAAAGGUUUCGUUUGAUUGUGAGUCGGUCACCGAUUUGUAUCCAUGCGCACUUAUAGCACUUCGCCCUAAUGUUUAUUUCAUUGCUGCCCAAGAUGACGAAGACAAUGACCCAGUAAACGUUGUUGCCGAUCCCCUGAAGAUUGAGACUGAUGUUGAAUUUCUUGGUCCUUACGGUCCUGUAAAAUGGGCACCUUCUUACUUUUCGCAGAGUUUGGAUAAGUACAACCCCAAAAAGAAGUUCACCUUGGUGUCUGGCACACGUACCACGGAUAUUUAUGUAAUUGAAUCCACCGGAGACUCGGUGGCAUCUUUGCAAUGGCCCAUCCCUAGUGAUGACAGUUGUCGCGCAUCCUUUCCUACUACGGAAGACUUCGAGGACACGGCAGUUUUGGGAAUUGCGGUUGACGUUUCUCAAAGCACCCGCGUGGUAGAUGAUCCAUGGCCGGGGGCCGAAGAAGAUGUAAAGGGCGCUCCAAUUGUUCAUGCAUUGUUGGAUGAUGGGCGCUUGAUUCUGUGGUGGAUUGUCGACAAGCAAGCUAUUCUUGAAGAUGGGGCAUCUUUGCUUAAUGAAUCUGUUUCUCUGAUAUCUCUGAAAGCUAGUCUCCUGAACAACCUGCAGACCACUUCAGAGAAUCUGAUCAACGAUGAGUCUCCAGCCACAAAUACGCAACCGAAUCCCUUUGCGAAAUCCCUGGCAAGUGAUAAUCCAUUUGCUAAUAAUGCUUCUAAUCCAUUUGGGAAAUCGCUGGGCGGGUCAUUUGGCGGGUCAUUUGGUGGGUCAUCCCAAAAGUCUGAGAAUGUGUUUGGAUCCACAGGCGCUUUUGGUAGUAUAGCUGACAAGAAAGCUGAAUCCUCAAAUAAUGAGCCAAAAGGCGCCUCGGAGGACACCGGGAGUACCAUAGGCCUGCAGUCGCAAAAUGAUAAGGCAAAGGCAAGUGGAGGCGCAUUUGGUAGUGUUGGUUUUGGUGGCAAGACAUCUACCACCAGCUCUACAUCUGGGGGGUCUGCUUUUGGUAGCUCCGGUUUUGGAAACUCUGGCUUCGGCAGCUCAGGCUUUGGGCAACUGAAGAGCGGCAAUAGUUCUGCUAGUUCCGCAUUCGGAAGUUCUGGUUUUGGUCAGAAGUCAUCAUCUGAAACCAAAUCUGCUUUUUCUGGUUUUGGUGGUUUUGCCACCAAGGACAAACCUAGUCUGUCCCUGUUUGCUUCUCAUGCCCGCUCCCAAUCUCCCUUUGCUAAUUUGCUGAAAACAGCCCUGUCUUCUCCUUUUGGAGCAGUCAAUAGUGAGAGCAAAGCAUCUCCCUUUGGUACCAUGAACGCGAAAGGCAAAUCCUCUUCUUUUGGUUCACUAGGAGGCGAUGCGUCAAAGUCUUCACCUUUUGGUGCAGUCAAUCUGCAAAAGGAACUGAAGCCAUCUCCCUUUGGUGCAGUAAAAAGCGACGACACAACCCAUACUUCUUUCGGUUCCAGCAAGACUGAAUCGGAGCCUUCUUUAUUUGGAAAAACUUCACCGUCCCCCUUUGAAGGGUUGCAAAACAAAUCGAAAUCGUCUACACCGUUUGGUGGCACUCAAGAAAAGACCUCCUCGCCACUCGAAACCAGCGAAAAUGGAAAGGAUUCGCCUAAUUCUCUAUUUGCUAGUCUCAACAUCUCCAAAGAUACGCAAGCAUUUGGUGCAUCAAAAAGCGACACAUCGACGCACUCUCCUUCCGGCGACCUGUCAACGACGCUGCCAUUUAUGAAGAACCACAACUCUAACGCUGCUUUUGGUACUAAGAAUGAGACGUCCCAUGUUGAACAUGGCCUCUUCGGACAACGCGAAUCGUCACUGUUACCAGAGAAAACUGAGAAACUGACUGAUUCCGGACUUCAGCUGGAGCUGAAGGACGAGGCCAACCCAACGUCUCAACACAAUGAAAAGCUGAGCCCAUUCACUUCAAACAAUUCACAAAAACCCAAAUCGAAUUUGUUUGAACAUAUUCCGAUUCUGUCUGCUCUACCUGACUCAAUUGAAGAGCCAGAGACUGUUCCUCCAUCGAGAGCGGAAACCGUCACACCUAUUAACAACGUGGAUAACUUUGAAGGUUCGUCAUUUGUUGACCGUACGGAAGGCGAGUCGACGCUGUCGCUGGAGUUCGAGUCAGAACCGGAAGAAGAACUCGAGCAAGAAUAUGAGCAAGAGCUGGAAUUUGAACCUGAGUUAAUAGACUAUAGGGAAGUUUUCAUUGCUCGAGAAUCACCGCAAAUCCCGAUUUUCAACUACUUCGAUGGGUUUACCGCCCCCUUGGCUGGUGGAGCAAGCCGAAGUGAAAUGGAUGCCAAGGUUGCUCAACAAUACCGUGAGAUUAUCGGAUUUACGAAAGGUCAUUUGAAGGUUCUGAAAGAUAAUGCCGAAAAGUUGGCCCCACUUUUCGCUUACCACUCUCCAAUGACUGAAUACUGCCCCGGUGAGGAUGACCUCGAACAUACUUCGGCAUGGGCUUUGGGCAAUGCUCCUCAAUUGAGGGAAAUUGCAGUUAAUAGACAGCAGUCUGUUGAUGAUGUUUUACUGGAAUUGCAGCUUUCGGAGCUGAAAGUUAAAAGAGUGCUCUCACAACUCGAAGACACGCAUUUGGUGCGGGGUCAAAUUGACACCAUGCUCAAACAACUCAAACACCUUUUGGAUCAGCAGGAGAUUCUGAAACAUCGGCAACUUGAUUUUGCAAAUGAAGCAUUGAGAAAGAAGCUUCAAGCUAAGUAUGACAAUGUUUGUCAACUUGAACUGGUGGUGCUCGAGAAGUUAGUUCCGUUAAAGGCUCGUACUUCUGGGAGUGAAGCCGAAGUGGUGAAACGUUUAUAUGAUUUGGUUUACUCUCUUAGAGCUCAAAUCAAGCAACACGCUGAACUGAUCCUUAAACUCAGGCAAGAGGUCAAGGAUGCCCAAUUGGAAAACUUGAAAAAGUCCGCCACUGAUUUGAUUGCGGCCGAGGCACCACCUACAAUUAUUGGCUCGCUGAUGAAACUGAGAGUCCAAGUUGCUAAGGUUUUAAGAAAAUAG